AUGGUGAAAAUGCUUGGGCUUAAAAGCUUAAGGCCUUUAUUGUUUGAUAUUCUGUGGGUGUAUGAAGGUGUGACUGAUGAUCCUUAUGGCGAAUUCUUUAUUGCUGAGAAUAAAUCUCUCCAAAAGGAGAGUCUAUCUCAAGAUUAUGACGCGAAGUAUUGGCGGCAACGUUACAGCCUUAAGGAUGAUAUUCCUAGCUUCCUUUCGGAUGCAGCUGAAACAAUUUUGACCACAGGAAAAUAUUUGAAUGUCAUGAGAGAAUGUGGGCACAAUAUUCAGGUUCCCAUGUCAGAAAAUUCAAAAUUAAUGAGCUUUGGAUCAAAUCACCAUUACCUUGAAUGCAUCAAGGCUGCUUAUGAAUUUGCCAGUGGUGAGCUCUUAAAUCUCAUCAAGGAAAAGUAUGAUCUAAUGGGAAAGUUGCGGUCUAUCAAGCACUAUCUUCUUCUUGAUCAGGGCGAUUUCUUGGUUCACUUUAUGGACAUAGCGCAAGAUGAACUUGCAAAAAAACCAGAUGAGAUAUCUGUGGAGAAACUGCAGUCUCUCCUGGACCUUGCGUUGCGGACUACAGCAGCAGCAGCAGAUCCUUGUCCUGAGGACUUGACAUGUUGCGUGGAAAGAACUACAUUGCUUAAAAGGUUGAGCACACUCAAAGAUCUUGAAACUGGAGAGACAGUUUCUGAUGGUAAUGAUUUAGAGGAACCAGUGAGCAUUACUGGCCUGGAAACAUUUGCUUUGAGUUAUAAGGUCUGUUCUUCUUCAUGGCAUGCCUAUUUUCUUUUCUACCUCAUUUUGUCCUUGUCGUUUUUAGUGCCUAUAUUUUACAUAGGCGAUCCCAAACUUAGAUAA